AUGGCCUUGUCCCGACGUUAUCAAACAACUUGUUUUCUUUUAUUAGUACUUCCAUAUUUUUUUAUUAUCUAUGCCUAUUUUUUUUAUUCAUCAUCAUCAUCAUCAAUCAACAAUUCAAUACAAAUAAAACAAUUAUCUCGUCAACUAAAGUCAACUGAUACUGGACGAGUUUUAGUUAUUUAUAUUUGGGCUAAUAUAGACAUACAGGCACUUGGUAAUCUUGAGUUCCUUAUUAGUUAUGGUGUUCAUCCAUCUCAACCAGCUGAUUAUUAUUUUAUUUUACAACAAGUUAAUAACAUGACAGUGAAUGAAUCACGUUUACCAAAACUUCCAUCCAAUGCACAUUAUAUUCAACAUAUAAAUGAAUGUUAUGAUUUUGGUACAGUUGGAUGGUUUCUAUCACAAAAUAUAAUAAAUACAACUUUAUACAAGUAUUUUAUCUUUAUGAAUUCAUCUGUUCGUGGACCAUUUUUUGUUACUUAUUUUGAUGAUGAAUACAUGUGGUGGUUUACAAUAUUUACUAAACGUUUAAAUGAUGAAAUAAAACUUGUUGGUUGCACUAUAAGUUGUGAACGCGAACCACAUGUGCAAAGUUAUUUGUUAGUCACUGAUCAAGUUGGUUUUUCAAUAUUAACUGGUAAUCAAAGUAAAGUAUUUAAUUGCAAAAAUGGUUAUAACGAUGCUGUUACGAACGGUGAAAUAACUACUAGUCGACUUAUUCUUCAUGCUAAUUAUCAAAUAGCAUCGUUACAAACAAAGUAUCAAGGUUGGGAUUUUCGUAAAGAAGAACAUUGGAAUUGUAAUAAUCGAUUAAGUCCAACAUAUACUGAUCGCGCUGUUGAUGGCAUUUCACAUGAUCCUUAUGAACUUGUAUUUGUUAAAUAUAAAGGCUUGCCACCAUUUGAUACUGAUCUUGAACGACGUGCAUUAGUCUAUCAAAAAUGGUUGGGUGAACGUCGAAAAGCAAAAGAAAAAAAUUGA